UACAUAGAAAAUUCCCGAUUAUUCAACUUCAUAUGUCGAUCUCUCAAGAGCUUUACCCAUCCCAAGACGACCUUCUUUACGAAGAAGAGCUUCUCCGAAACCCCUUUAGCCUGAAGGUAUGGUGGCGUUACCUAAUCGCUCGAUCCGAAUCUCCAUUCAAGAAGCGUUUUAUAAUCUACGAGCGAGCACUCAAGGCCCUUCCUGGGAGCUACAAGCUUUGGUCCGCUUACCUUCACGAACGCCUCGAGCUCGUUCGCAAUUUACCCAUCACUCACUUCCAGUAUGAAACCCUCAACAACACUUUUGAAAGAGCCCUGGUUACUAUGCACAAAAUGCCCAAAAUUUGGAUUCGGUACUUGCAAACUUUGACGGAGCAGAAGUUGUUCACUCGGACUCGCCGGACCUUCGACAGAGCGCUGUGUGCUCUUCCAGUGACGCAGCACGACGGCAUUUGGGACCCGUACCUGGAGUUCGUGAGCCGAAAGGGUAUUCCAAUUGAGACCUCGCUUCGGCUUUAUCGCAGGUAUUUGAAAUAUGACCCUACCCAUAUUGAAAAAUUCAUUGAGUUCUUGAUAAAUUCUAGUCUUUGGCAAGAGGCUGCCGAGAGGCUGGCUUCAGUGUUGAAUGAUGACCAGUUCUAUUCGAUAAAGGGGAAAACGAAACAUAGGCUGUGGUUGGAAUUGUGUGAUUUGCUUGCUAAGCACGCUAAGGAGGUGUCAGGCCUCAAUGUAGAUGCUAUUAUUAGAGGUGGGAUUAGGAAAUUUACAGACGAGGUGGGACGGUUGUGGACCUCACUUGCUGACUAUUACAUUAGGAGGAAUUUGCACGAGAAAGCUAGGGAUAUAUUUGAGGAGGGUAUGACUACUGUGGUAACGGUAAGAGAUUUUAGUGUAAUUUUCGAUUCGUAUGUUGGGUUUGAAGAUAGCAUGCUUAUCCAUAAGAUGGAGACUGCGGAUUUGAGUGAUGAAGAGGAGGAAGAAGAAAAUGGGGUAGAAGAGGAUGGAAAUGAGGAGGAAGUUGAUCUUCGAUUGGAUGUUAACUUGUCUGUGGCUGAGCUUGAGAAGGAAAUGCUUAAUGGGUUUUGGUUACAUGAUGAUAAGGACGUAGAUUUGAGGUUGGCUCGAUUGGAGCAUCUUAUGGAUAGAAGUCCUAUACUGGCUAAUAGUGUUCUUUUACGACAAAAUCCCCAUAAUGUAGAGCAGUGGCACCAAAGAGUGAAGCUCUUUGAGGGUAAUCCCACAAAGCAGAUACUUACUUACACAGAGGCUGUGAGGACGGUUGAUCCAAUGAAAGCAGUGGGAAAGCCUCAUACGUUGUGGGUUGCGUUUGCUAAGUUGUACGAGAAUCACAAAGAUAUUGCAAAUGCAAGAGUGAUUUUUGAUAAAGCAGUUCAGGUGAACUACAAGACAGUGGAUUAUUUGGCUAGUCUUUGGUGUGAGUGGGCAGAAAUGGAAUUGAGGCAUAAGAAUUUCAAAGGAGCACUGGAACUAAUGAGGCUGGCCACCGCAGAGCCAUCCGUUGAGGUGAAACGCAGAGUGGCGGCUGAUGGUAACCAACCGGUUCAGAUGAAGCUGCAAAAGUCCUUGAGAAUGUGGACUUUUUACGUGGAUUUAGAGGAGAGCCUUGGUAAAUUGGAGUCCACCCGGGCUGUUUAUGAGAGGAUAAUGGAUUUGAAGAUAGCCACACCACAAAUCAUAAUCAAUUAUGCAUUGCUUCUGGAGAAGCAUAAAUACUUUGAAGAUGCGUUCAAGGUGUAUGAAAAAGGUACCAAAAUAUUUAAGUACCCACAUGUCAAAGACAUAUGGGUUACAUAUCUCUCUAAAUUUGUAAAGAGAUAUGGGAAGAAAGAACUGGAACGUGCAAGACAGCUAUUUGAGGAUGCUGUUCAAGCAGCGCCUGCUGAUGCAAAGAAACCUUUGUAUCUUCAAUUUGCAAAUCUGGAGGAGGAUUAUGGUCUAGCAAAGCGCGCUAUGAAGAUCUAUGAUGAAGCAACUAAGGCUGUUCCAAACCAUGAUAAAUUGAGCAUGUAUGAAAUGUACAUUGCCCGUGCUGCAGAAAUAUUUGGCAUCCCCAAAACAAGGGAAAUAUAUGAGCAAGCAAUAAAAUCCGGUCUUCCAGACAAAGAUGUGAAGACAAUGUGUUUGAAGUAUACUGAGCUUGAGAAGAGCUUGGGAGAAAUUGAUCGUGCUCGGGGAGUAUAUAUAUUUGCAUCACAGUUUUCGGAUCCACGAUCUGAUGUAGAUUUCUGGAACAAAUGGCAUGAGUUUGAGGUGCAACAUGGAAAUGAAGAUACCUUCCGAGAGAUGCUUCAAAUUAAGCGAAGUGUUUCUGCAAGCUAUAGCCAGACACACUUUAUUCUACCCGAGUAUAUGAUGCAAAAGGAUCAGAGGUUGAACAUUGAUGAGGCAAAACACAAGUUGAAACAGGCUGGAGUCCCUGAAGAUGAAAUGGCUGCUUUAGAGAGGCAGUUGGCACCUGUGGCUAAAGACACUACCACCAAAGAUAGUAACAGAAAAGUGGGCUUUGUGAGUGCUGGAGUAGAAUCACAGAUGGACAAAGAGAUCAAAGUUACUGCAAUUCAUGAAGAAAUUAAGCUACUGGAAGAAAGUGAUUCAGAAGAUGAUGAAAUGGUUGAAAUUGCACUAAAGGAGGUCCCAUCUGCUGUUUUUGGAGAGUUGGCUAACAAGAGAAAGGAGGCUGAAAAAGAUGAGGGUGGAGAUGUUGCUGCUGCGACCAAGGAUGGUGACACCCACCUUGGCGCCCUUGAGAGAAUAAAGAGGCUAAAACGAGGCGGUUGAUUUAAGAACAUUUUGAUGCAUAUGUUCACUAACUCCAGGUUGCAUAAUAUAUUAUAUUAGAAGUGUUUAAAAAAAAAUAAUUUAAUUUCAACGAUUUGUACACAAUUUGUACCAAAGAUAUCUUAGAAAAUCUUAGAUAAAAAGUCCUGCUUUCUGUAAGAAAAUCUUAGAAACUUCAGAAGCACUCAAGCAGUACAAUGUUACUACAAAGUGUGAAUGAUACAAGAGCAUUGUAAAGGUAAAUAUGAAUAUGAGUUAUUAAAUUUUUUGAUUUUGAUAACAAA